AUGAGAAGCAACACACCAGCAGCAGCAACAGCAACAACAACAACAAUAACAUACGACAGCAACAAUUGCUCACUUCUGCUUAUUUUUGCUGAUAAAGUCAGUAGAAUUGCUGCUGGUGCACCUGUAUUCCAAUACCCCACACCACCAAGUCCUUCAUAUUCAGUGCAUAGUCCAAGUUAUAAUGGUGGAGAAAUAUUUUUUCCACGUGGUCGCAGCACACCACGUACGCCACGUACUAGUGUGAGUUUUGCUGCUGGCGAUGAAGUGAAUUUCUUUCGCCAUCCACCAGCUACACCAGGCGGUCCACCACAAUCAGCACCACCAAUGCCCAGUCAUCAGGCACCACAAUUUCAUCACUCAGCGUAUACACAUUAUCAGUACACACCGCCACCAACACCAACCACUUCAAUGGCUGCCGCAAGUUCAACGGCAGCUGCCUCCAGUACCACAGUGCCAAAUGCCACAAAUACCGCGUCAACAUCCACAGCAACUGGAACAACACAAAGAUUACAACGAAGCUAUCCUGAUUCAGUUAGGCGUUCACGUUUAACAUCCACCGGUGAAGAUGAACGCGAAUAUCAGAGCGAACACGAAACCAGCUGGGAUGAGUUCGAGGAUCGAUAUUUAAAUUUCACCGCAGGACGUGAACGUCUACAGGAAUUCAAUGGACGAAUACCACCGCGCAAGAAGAAAAAGGAGGUUCAGAAAGCAAAGCCAGAAAAGAAGGAACAGAGCUUCACCUGGCCCACAGUAGUCACAGUUUUUGUAUUUGCCAUGGGUUGUGGAUUUUUUAGUAGCACGAUGAGUUAGUUGAGCACAGAGAGGACAGAGUUAUUAUAUAAAUAUGAAUAAUUGUUAAAAUGGAGAUAUUAGAAAACAAUCAAUCUGAAGAGAGUGAAUUGAAUUACUUUAAUAUUUUAAAAUAUUGAAAAUGUUAUAGUCAAAUCAAUUCCCUCAAAAUAUGGAAAUACCGAAACGUCACAAAGGCGAAGGAUCUUAUAGCAAAUUAAGCAAAUUUACAAUAAAUGUUAGUGAAACAUAAAAUAAAAAAAAAAUAAAAAAAAAGAAGAAGAGCUUCAAUUGGACGAAGAAAAAUUAUUGGACAAGAUAUAAA